GUCACUGGUGCUCCCGGUCGGCUGUCAGCGGCUCGGGGUUGGCGCGCACCGCCCGGGAGGGCCUCUGGGGAGCCCCGGCCCGCCGCCGGGCGUCAGCUGCUCUGCGCUGUCUCGCUGUCACCCGGCGUGGGCCGGUCGGGCCCGGUGCCCGGAGAGCGGCGGGGGAGACUGUGCCGAGGCCGCGAGGAGGACCGGACGACCGGUUUGCGGCCGGGAGCGUGGUGGCCAGGAUUGGGGCACGCUGCCCUGGCCUCGCCCGGCGUGCAGGGUCGCGCUUGCUGCCUGGGAGUUCAGGGUGGAGACCACAGUUGGCGGAUCGCCGGGAAGGAGGUGAAUCUACCCCUGGCUGACUUUAGAAUUCUUCUGGCUUUUAAUUUUCUUCUUUUUAAAAUAACUCGGACGGAUAAAAGAUGUGCCAUGGCAGGAUAGCACCAAAGAGCACCUCAGCGUCUGCCGCGGCCUCGGUGGGACAUGGAGUGUUCCUUCCGCUGGUGAUCCUUAGCACCCUCCUUGGAGACGGGCUUGCCUCAGAUACCCAGAAAUUUCUGAAACAAUCCUUUUUCUUUUCUUUGCCCUACCCCAUUCCACAAACUAGAGUGUGUUCCCUGCCCCCGGAGCCAGAGAAUGGUGGCUACGUCUGCCACCCCCGGCCCUGCAGAGACCCCCUCAACUCUGGCAGUGUCAUCGAGUACCUGUGUGCCGAAGGCUACAUGUUAAAGGGCGAUUACAAGUACCUGACGUGUAAGAAUGGCGAGUGGAAACCGGCCAUGGAGAUCAGCUGCCAUCUUAACGAGGAGAAAGACACCAAGACGUCACUCGGGUCCCCCACGCUGUCCAUAGUGGCUUCCACCGCCAGCUCCGUGGCGCUUAUUCUCCUGCUCGUGGUGCUGUUCGUGCUGCUGCAGCCAAAGCUGAAGUCUUUCCACCACAGCAGGCGUGACCAGGGGGUGUCUGGGGACCAGGUCUCCAUCGUGGUGGAUGGAGUUCAGGUGGCGCUGCCGUCGUACGAGGAGGCCGUGUACGGCAGCUCCGGCCACUGCGUGCCGCCCGCCGACCCCAGAGUACAGAUCGUGCUGUCCGAAGGGUCUGGGCCUGGCGGGUGGGCCGGGCCCAGGGAGCAGCAGCUGCAGGACCAGGGCGCCUGCUCCUCCACGGGGGGAGAGGAGGAGGCCCCGGGCCAGUCCGGACUGUGCGAAGCCUGGGGCUCUCGGGGCUCAGAGACUGUGAUGGUGCAUCAGGCAACCACCUCCUCCUGGGUGGCCGGCUCAGGGAGCAGCCAGCCAGCACACAAGGAAGCCCCAGACUCGGAGAACAGUGACAUACAGAGCCUUUUGUCGCUCACGUCGGAGGACUACACAGACGAUAUCCCACUGUUGAAAGAAGCAUGAGGUUCGCUGCCGGCCUCUCUCCUCUCUGCAACGGUCCGCUCUGCCCUCCCGCCCUCCCUGUGGGUUUGAGCACCCUGCACUCCAGCCACCCCAUCUGGAUGUGUGCGCUGCCUCCUGCGCAUCUGUGGAUCUCUGAGGGCCUGCAGGCCCACUUCGCUGGAAACUCGAGGAGGAUUCCCACCAUCUGCCUGCUGGACAGCUGGAGGAGCUGGCUCUUUGCCUUCCCGUCUGUGCCGGGGACAUAAUUGAAUGUGCUGGACUGAACCUUUCCUUCCCCUGAACCCUCUGGGUCCCCUCCAGCCAGCUGUUUGGCGCAGCCUCCACCAGCCCACAUGGGCCAGAGGGCCGCUGUGUUUACUUGUGCCUUCCCCCGCCCCAUCCAGUGCCCCGUCACACAGUCCUGUUGCUGUCCUCCACGCCUCCGGGCUGCACUGCUGCCCCUGCCCCACAAAGGGCUGGGCCUCGGUCUGGCUUGUUUCCCCUGAGGGCCGGUAGGAGCAGAUCCACGAGUGAGCACUGGGGAGACAAGAACGGCUCCAACCGGAGCGAGAGUGUGGGUCCCCGGCCCGGCCGUGGUCGGCACUGGUGGCACAUUUCCUUGACCGGGAACGGAGGGUGUGGGAGGUCCUGCCAAAGCUGUCCCAGUGCCGGCUGUCUAGCUCAGAGGUGCCGCCUCCUGGCCCUGCUGAAUUGAGUUUCCAGGAAUCACCCAGAAUACCCCCAGGGAGGGCAGGAAGGCGGCCGAUAAUGAUUGUCUUACUAAUAUGCAAGUUCUUGCCUCCUACUUAAGCAUGGGCCUCCCCGGCCUCUGUGUUCUCUUUCCCUGGAGUGUAAGGGGAAGUUGCAUGCUGCCUGCUGUGUUUUAUCCUGGGCAGCUCCCGCUUCCCUGCUGCCCCCUGAGGCCUGAGGUGAACCAUCCCUGGGGCCGGAGAGGCCCAGGGGCCGUGGGUCGCCUACCCUGUCACUGGCAGGCAGGGCAGGCUGCCCCGUUCUGGGCUUGUGGUGACGGAGGGAAACCGGAGAGGCACAGACUAAGUCCCCAGACAGCUGCGGGCAGCUCAGCCCGGUCCUGAGGGUCCUGCUCACCGCAGUCACGUGCCUUAGUAACUGUUCCCAGGAAGCAUCCUGCUGCUCGCUGCACUGCUGCUCUUCCUACUUCUGCCGCCCCUGCCGUCCCCUCCUCCUGCGCACAGCUGGCAGCCGGCUCCCUGGUCUUCUCUGGCACCUGGGGGAGAGGCUGAGAGACAGUCCUCACACACCCUCACCUGGCUGGUGGCAGUGGGCGGAGGGGUGCCAAGCAGCCUGGCUCCGGGCCCUGGUGUCGGAGGAGUGGGCUUCAUGCCCCAGACGCUCCCGCAGCUGUCUCUGCUCAGCCGCGUGCUCAGUGCCGACAAGGCCAGGGUGGCACAGCUCGGGCAGGCUGUUUCCACCUUCAGAAGAUGUGACUUUGAGUAAAGCUUCUUUUUGAAACAUCGAGGCUAGGGCAUUUAAAAGCGGACUCUGCCCUGCACUUCUGCGCCUCCCCCGAGUGUCUCUGUCUUGUUGGGUAAGAGUAAUAGAGAGCCCAGUAUGUUUUCAAUGCCCAGAGAACUGGGGAGCCCCAGGAGUCGGUGGCCCGGAGAUUGGGGCACGGCCUGCUCUCAGCCCCCCACCCCCACUCUCACGCUCGCACUUUACUGCCUCUUCCCUCCUGGCCUCUGGCUGCCCCUCCUCUUCCUUUCUCUCAGGGUAAGGGCAGCACCUGCUGGGCUCGGCGGCCACUCCCUCCUCUCCCCGCCCCCAGCCGAGGAGCCCAGAGCCCCGGUCAGUGCGGUUAGGUGUGGAACAGGUUGUCAAAGGUGCGGGAAGUUAGAAGGCAGAAGCCUUUGAGAGAGAUGAAAUGUACCAAGGAACUGUCCUUGGCCUCUUAGGAGGCCGUUUCCAGAGAGUGCCUGCCAGCAGCUGCUGGCUCCGGCCCGUCUGGGUGGUGGGUCCCGAACGGCCCAGCUGCCGCACAGUGCGUGGGCUCCCCCUCCCCACAGGGGUCCCCUCGCCCUCCGCGGGAAAGAAAGCAGAACGACUGGUGUGGGCCCCGAGUCUCACUGCAGAGCCUGCAGCUUUUAUUUCCAGCCGUCCAAACCCUGAAUUCUAACCUAGAAUCUUUUAUUUUAAUGAAAGAUCUUGCCUCUUUUUAAUAUUACUCUGGGCUUUUUUCCUUCCUAAGAGAUUGCACUUUUUGUUUUGGGUUUAUUCAGCCACGUAGGUUACCGGCUUGGGCCUUGGGAAGGUGAAAAGCCCUUCCGGAGCCUUCUUCCAACCAGCCGCCGCUAACGCCGUCCCAGGGGUCAGAAACCCAGACUUGUUUGCCUGGUAGGAAAGGAAGAAGGGUGAACGGGCGCCCCUGGAGUCCUCCCUGCCACUGACAUCCAUCCCAGAUGGCUGUUAGUCUUCAAAGCAGUUUCCUAGCGUCACCCUGCGCUGCUGUUCAGGGGCUCCUGGGUUUUGUCCCUUGCUAGGGAUUGGAGACUAUAGCUGCCUUAAGGUGGGGCCUGGCUGAGAGAGGUGGCGGGGUCGAGUGGCAGGCUGUCAGCGGAGCCUGGAGCAAACAGGAGAGCUGUCCCUGGCCUGGCUGCUCCAGGCUCCCCUUGAGGGGAGUGCGUGCAGCAGGGGGCUUGUCCCGGCGGACGGUCAGCACCAAAGGACUUUUUUUUAAUGGUAUUAUUUUGCACAUGUGAGCUGACUCAAUGCAGGUUGUAUAUCCUGGCAACUUGAGGUUACAUUCCAGUGACUUUCAAGGGCCAGUACACGGUGAAACCAUUUAAAAUCCCCAUCCUCUCCAAUGCCUUAGUCUCGCACGUAGGCACUGUCUUCUGCCGUUUCUGAGUUUCGUGUGCCGUGUUCCCCUUUCACCCGGUGUGAACUGUGAAAUGGGCUGAGUCCUGGCCGCUCUGUGAGUUCUUUUGGUUUUUUAAUAGGCAUUUCAGUACGUGUUCUACUAACCCAUUGCUGCAAACAAAACUGGAACUAAUGUUAUCUUCCCCAUUCGUCCUGUUCUCCCCCUCCCCCCAGAGUUCUGUGCAGAAGCUGAGUGGCAGCCAGACAGAGGUGCGCCCUUCCCGCCCCGGCGGCGGGGGCACAGGGAUCGGCAGCACUCGGCCUUUGCCUCCCAGUCCCAGCCGAGCUCUCAGCCCGCUUGCUUUGCACACAACAGUGUCGCUUCCAUUCCCAGGUUGCAUCCUUAGAUCAGGAGUGGGAUAUACAGCAAACGUUUCCACACCCUCGCCCUCUGUUCCUCCUUAAAGGGAAUAAACCCAGAAGGGAAGUGGUAUGCAGGCUUGCCAGCUGAGCCCCAGAUGUGCUUGCUGGGUGUGUCCCUCGCGGGGCCUGCUGGGGCUCCCGGCUCUCAGCACGGGACGGUCAUCACCGGCGCUCAGUGAAGGGCUCCGAGAGGGUUUUGCUUGGCGGGCUCAGCAUUGCUGGGAAACUCCUCCUAAUUUCCAGUUGAAAACUUAGUAGAGUUAUGAGUGAAAACCCCAAAGUUGAACCCUGCGCCAGGCAGCAGAGCUCUUUGGAGAGGGGCAGGGGCAAAGCACUUGGAUUGCCACGCAGGGAGGAGAGAGGGGUGCAGGUCUCGGGGCCGCCCACCACACCCUGCCCUGGCUUAUCGCACCACUAUGGACUUCUUUGCAGAAUGGUACUCACGUAAUGGUUUAAAGCAACACAUGCAUCAUUGACUCUGUGCAGGAUGUCACUCAAUCAGUUUGGGUUUGCUUUAUUUUAUAUAUAUAUAUA